AUGGGAUCAUUAGAACGCAUUACUUCUGAUGAAACCUCCGACAAGGGAGCGCAUGGCACUCCAAAUCUUGACUCAGGCGUGCUGCAACCUACGCAUGGCUCGGCAAACCACGAAGAAGCCGACACGAACAGCCAAUGCACAAGGAUUUCCGUUGGAUCAGAACCUCCCGAGCGGAUGUCAGAGGAGAGAUCAAUUAUAGAUGGCCCGCAUCAAGGCGCUGCUCAAGACCGGACGCGGGACAGUCCACAGCCUGAGUCCUCGAAAUCAGAUCUUGGCACUGGCAGGCAACAAGAGGUCUCGGAUGCGUACCUUGAGCAGCUGAUGAGAGCCCAGGAAGAGCAAGAGAGGCUGGAAGAAGAGUUAGAACGCGAACGACUUGCGGAGGAGCUUGGCCUUUCUAACCAGGAGCAGCCUGUUCCGGAAGCUUCGCCUGGAUCUCAAGUAAGGCAGGAUUCACCAUCGAGCCCGUCUCACCGCGAAGGGCAAAUGCCGCCCCAAGUGGACAGUCUUGUAGCAUCCACUCCCAGAGGAACUGCCAGCGACCCCGACAGUCAGAGCCCUCGAGCAGUUGAGGACGGGGCCACGCAACCGGCGGGGGCGUUGCGCCACCAGAACGGGUUGAAAUUUCCUUCUGGGCCUUUGAACGAGAACAGUGGAGGAGGACUGAUCGUUUUGAACCUCAGGCCCGACCAGUGUUAUCGCGCGGCGACUGUGGAUGGCAAUAACGCAAUAUUCCUGAUCUCGGAGGAUGAAGAGAAGCGGCUUGCGGCAGAAGGGCGACUCGACAAGGACAGGCAGCUUGUGAAGAUGGCCUCCCGUGUACGAGAUCGGACAGAAUCCGAGCCAGGGUCUCCUACCAAGCGCUACCGUUCUGUGGCAUUCAAAGAAACAUAA